UCCCCUUUAUGUUAUCUCUCUCGAUCUCUGGCUACAGAACGAACAAGGAAACCUUCUUGUAUUGCAUCUUCCCUCUCCUCUUCUGCUCAAUCCUUCUUCUUCCUUCUCACGCUUUUGUCUCUCGAUUCGCCUCUCUUUGCUCUUUCUUUUGUCUCCCGAGCAGGGAGGAAAUCUCUUUCCUUCACCUCGUUCUUUCUGGAAACGUCGAGGGAAAAAGAAGACAAAGGCGGCAGCGAGGAUGGAGGCAGCCGAGGCCGACGACGAUUUCAAAGACGACAUAGAGAAAAAGGAGGAAAAGGUCACCGGCUCUGGAAUCGAUCACCAACAUAGGGGAGCGCAGUGGAGGAAAAAGGGAGCCACCGGUGACAGAGAAACAUGAGGAACCCGGAGGGAAGCAAGGGAUCCGUCGUCAGUAGCCUCUGGUUUCGCCGGUGACGAAGUCAAUACGUCAUAUUAUUGUACAUUACUUGACAAGAGGCACAUACAACAACUUCCCCGACAAUCUGAAAUCAUCAUAAUAGCAUUUAUAACAAAAUAUAAUCUUGUAACAUGAAUAACAAUUCUGAAUAAAUCGAAAAAUUAUGAAAAA